CCAAUGGGGACGGUUUCUUCUUAAAGGAGAAACAGUGGCGGCGGCGCGCGGUGGGCCCCAGUCUUCCCCGGGCUCUCGGAGGGAGCACGCGGGACCCGGAGGCACACGCGCAGUCUAGGCGAAGGCGGAUUGGGGCGGGCAGGCCCGGGUGCGCAUGGCCUCUCCGGUGGCAGAUGCAUCCCGCCGACGGCGGGAGAAGCGUAGGCAGCUGGACGCGCGCCGCAGCAAGUGCCGCAUCCGUCUGGGUGGCCACAUGGAGCAAUGGUGCCUCCUAAAGGAGCAACUGGGCUUCUCCCUGCACUCACAGCUCGCCAAGUUCCUGUUGGACCGGUAUACUUCUUCAGGCUGUGUCCUCUGUGCAGGUCCAGAGCCUCUGCCCCCAAAGGGUCUGCAGUACCUGGUGCUCCUGUCUCAUAGGCACAGCCGGGAGUGCAGUCUAGUGCCUGGCCUUCGGGGGCCUGCAGGUGGCGAUCGGGAGCUUGUGUGGGAGUGUUCGGCGGGACACACGUUCUCCUGGGAACCUUCUUUGAUUCCGACACCUGCAGAGGUGCCGAAGCAGCACCCCCUUUCACACACUACUGAGAGGACCUGGUGUUCAGGGGCCAGGAAGAAGGAGCCUGAGGGUUUGGAAUGUGAACAGCAUGAAAAGACUCAAGAAGCCAGGCUGUCCAGGGACGUAGAAUGCCCAUUGGAGACCUUCCCAGCCCCGGGAGAGGAGCAGGAUGUGGAAGAGGAUGAGGAUGAAGAGCCGCUCAGUGAUGCCAGCCCAUGGACCUACAGCUCCUCCCCAGAUGACAGUGAACCAGAUGUUUCUAAGCCACCUCCGUCGCCUGCUACCCACACACCCAAGGAGGGAGAGACCCCGCCAGUGCCUGCAAUUCUCCCUGGCCCUUGUGCUGUUCUUGCCUCUCUGGGUUCUACAGCUGCUCUGACAUCAGAAGCUGAGGUGCCCCUAGAACUCAGUAGGACCCCUCAGGCCUCUGUAGAGCUGCAAAUGACCGAGUCUUUGGACAGCCCUGGGAGUCAGGCCCAGUCUGCUCCGAAGCCCACCUGGGAUGAGGAAGGUGCCCAGAUUGGGCUCAGGAGAAUGAGGAAAGCUGCCAAAAGAGAGCUGAUGCCCUGUGACUUCCCUGGCUGUGGAAGGAUCUUCUCCAACCGGCAGUAUUUGAAUCACCACAAGAAGUACCAGCACAUCCAUCAGAAGUCAUUCUGCUGCCCCGAGCCAGCUUGUGGGAAGUCCUUCAACUUUAAAAAGCACCUAAAGGAGCAUGUGAAGCUGCACAGUGAUACCCGGGACUACAUCUGUGAAUUCUGUGCUCGCUCUUUCCGCACCAGUAGCAACCUUGUCAUCCACAGACGAAUCCACACGGGAGAGAAGCCCCUGCAGUGUGAGAUAUGUGGGUUCACUUGCCGUCAGAAGGCCUCUCUAAACUGGCACCGACGCAAGCAUGCAGAGACUGUAGCUGCCCUGCGCUUCCCUUGUGGAUUCUGUGGCAAACGCUUUGAGAAGCCAGACAGUGUGGCAGCUCACUGCAGCAAAAGCCACCCAACCCUGCUCCCCACACAGGAGUCACCUGGCUCUUUGGAGUCUAGUCCCAGCAUCUCUGCUACUGAACCUCUGCAAUCUCCGGAGGGGGCAAGCCUUUCCUCCUCUUCUGACUCUAAUCCUGCCCCUUCAACAGCCAGCUCUUCACAAUCUGGGGUACCAGACCCCAGGGAUGCAGAGAAACGUCAGAUGGUGGUCCCCAGGAACUAGGUAUUAGGAGUAAAGUUUAAGGUAGGGCAUGACUGGGCUCCAGAUACCUUGCUUUAGCCUUCCUCAAGGAAACAAUAAAUGUUUUUUGUUUUUUUA